GGUGUCUAGCACACGUAUGCCGUGGACUGGCUCCCCAUGACGACGCUUGACCACAACAUUGCCUCCUGUGUGGGAAGUGGACAUGUCAGAACGGCCACAUAUGACAUUCGAAGGUACAUUUUUGACGCGAGUGGAGUAGAACUAGCCAAAAGGGAUCCCAAAAUGAAGAAUCAGCAAGUGUUGGUUGACUACUGGACCAUGCUCAAGACCUCUGGGCUAUGCCUACUGCUGGCCUUCUGUGGAUUCGUACUCCUCAAGAUGGUGCAGACUGUAUUCUGGCUGCCGGGGCACCUGAAGAAGAACCAACAGCGGCUGGAGGAACUGGCCAGGCAGUACGCCAAAGAGAUUGGGGACGACGAGCGGGCCGAGAUCGAGAAACUCUUCAACAGCAACGAGCCGCUGACGGAGGAGCGCAUCAACCAGUUGCUGGACAAGCCGGCGGACGCGGUCGAGCCCAAGAAGGACCAGUAGACUAGAUCGCACGCAUGUUUUAUAUAUAUAUAUAUAUGUAUUUUAGUGUAUAAUCGAUAUUUCUUGAUACAGGUUCUAGUUCUUAUUUGCAUAU